AUGGCACGGACGGAUAUCCACGGGCCACGACGCCCACGGGCGGGUGCUGGCAGCGCUGGUGAGGUGAGCAAGGUGAAGCGGAGGACUCAUGCUGCUGCACAGCCACAUGGCCUGGACGCGGUACCUGCCUGGGGGGAAAUCGGCCAGCAGGAUUCUGAGGAGCAUUAUGCAUACAAAUGGUGCGUCCAUGAUGGCAUUGAUGGAGCCCUUGACCCAGUCGUCCAGUCCCCUUGCCUUGACUUGGGUCUUGGCGGGCAGCCCGGCGACGAGCGACGGGAACGGAAUUUGGAAUUUGGGCUGAGAAGCCCCAUCCUUUGCCUGGCUGGCUUGCCCUGGCUCUGCUUGCCCUGCCCUGCCCUAGGCAUUGGAUCAUAUCGGUUGUUGGUCGUCGUCAGGUCGUCAUUGGGCCGGGUCCUGCGUGCUGGGUCGCCUCAGGGCUGCGCAGAGCGCAUAAUUAUAGUAGCCGACAGCGCCUGCCCAACCAACAGCCAGUGGAUCAGCGCUGCUGCCUCGCACCUUGCACAGCGGCCUGGCCACUGUACAUACGCGCUGCUGGCCUUGUCUGGCUUCAAUGGUCAGCUCAGUGGCCAGUGGCCGUGGGCAGGGCACCCCGAUCAGCAGCGACAGGGCAUCGACGGAAGCAGCUCGGCAUGGCCAAUGUCAUGCCUCUAUCCUCGAUGA